AUGACGGGUCUCUUUGAAGGGAAAUUGCCUCGCCAUAUCUCCGAGUUCGUGUUCACCAUCGCGGUCGCACUCUGUGGAUUCUCCCUCUUCACGACACUAUGCGCAACAAUCUUCGUCAUUUCCAAGUGCGAGAGCGGCAACUCAGAGGCCACGACCGCACGAAUCAAUCAACUCACGUAUAUGCUCUCCUUUCAUUGCGUCCCGGAAGAGCACAAGGUCCAAGCCAUCGAGUAUCUUAAGCGUUAUUACACGGAUGCUGAGUCGAAUGAUCGUGAGACAGUGAGACUCUUGUGUCCGUCAAUAGCGAACGAUAUCCAGGUUAAGCUCCUCAAGUCCACAAUCGCCCAGGUUUCGCUGUUUGACGGCUGCAGUGACCAGUUUAUUGUAGCCAUGACGAGUCUUUUGGAGAUGGUCGCCGUACCAGCGCAGACGACGCUUUUUUCCGCUGGAGACUAUGGAGACGCGAUGUACGUCGUUCACUCGGGUGUGCUCUCCACCAUUUGCAAUUCUGUGACAGUACGCGAGCUCCGCAAAGGCUCGUGCUUUGGCGAGAUUUCUGUCUUUUCCUCGCUCUCUCGAACUGCCACGGUCGUAUCUACAUCAUAUGCAACCUUGGAUACCCAGAACGUGCUGCUUUGA